AUGGCGCAUCAAAAGCGCACGUCGCCGUUUGCUGUGCCAUACUUGCCAGGCGAAGACAGCGCAUCGGAACGCGCGUUUGACAUUGAGGCAGGGUACUUGCCAGUGCGCAAGCCCGUCGACGGCGGCACAGAGCCACAGGAUGAUGCACAUUUGUAUUUUAUGCUGCAUCGAGCUAUGUAUCCGCAAGCGCGACGCAAACUUGUGUUCUGGCUGAAUGGCGGGCCUGGAUGCUCUAGCUUUGAUGGCGCACUGCUGGAGCUUGGUGCGCUGCGAAUCCAGCGGAACGGGUCCCUUGCACUAGCGCGCCCAGGAUAUGCAUGGAAUGAGUAUGCAGAUGUCGUGUACGUGGACCAGCCUGUUGGUACGGGCUUUUCGUAUGUGUCGAACCAUGCAUACGCAAAGACACUCGAGCAGGUCGCAAAAGAGUUUGUCUACUUCUUGCAUGAGUUUGUUCGUGCAUAUCCAGCGUACAUGAAUGAAACGGAUGUGUAUCUAGCAGGAGAGAGCUUGUACGUUGCACGGGUGGACGAUGCAUGUGCUAACGACACACGCUGGUACGCAGUGCGGGGCAAUACAUUCCGUACAUUGCACAUGAGCUGUUCCAGAAUACGCAGGACGCGUAUGGAGCAGUUGCAGAUGCUAUGGCAGCCAUGGGAGGAGGAAAAGAAGCGCGGGAGGUGUCAGCAGCACAUGAGGAAAGAGGCGGUGGAACAGUGCCGCCGCCGCCACCACCAUCGCCCAUUUUGCUGA